AUGGGUCCGAUGACUACGUUAGGAGGUGUUGAGGGACUGGGCUUUAUAAAGACAAAGUAUGCCAAUCAGUCGGACGACUACCCGGACUUUGAGAUCCAUAUGUUGAAUGGGGGGCCGACCAGCGAUGACGGACAGACCUUCCGGCGCGUCCAGGGAUUCACGCGCGAGAUGUGGGAGAAAGUGUAUGUGCCUUACCUUCCGUACGACACGUUCAGUAUGUAUCCGGUGCUUCUCCGGCCCAAGAGUAUCGGUUACAUCAAACUUCGCUCAAGCAAUCCAUACGAUCCGCCCAUAAUUGAUCCCAAAUAUCUGACACAUCCGGACGACAUCCUCUCAAUGGUGGACGCGAUGAAGAUAUCGAUAGCCGUGGGUCUGACGCCUCCUUAUCAGGCAAUGAACUCCCAAUUGUUCACAACAGUGUUUCCCGGGUGUGAGGUAUACAAGAUGUGGAGCGACGAGUACUUGGCGUGUGUGGCGCGCACCUACACGGCCACGAUCUACCACCCCGUGGGCACCGCCAAAAUGGGUCCGCCUUGGGAUCCGACAGCAGUGGUCGACCCCGAGCUUAGAGUGUUGGGAGGUAUCAAAGGUCUGCGAGUAGUGGACGGCUCUAUUAUGCCAAAGUUAGUCUCAGGCAAUACUAACGCUCCCAUUAUUAUGAUCGCCGAAAAGGCCGCCGAUAUUAUCAAAGGUGUUCAGUUGCCACCAGUCAGGCCCACACCUCACGAACCGAGCGAUAUGGUGAAUAUGGAUGCGAGUAAGAGGUCAUCCAUACCGCAGAUAUCGGGUCCGAGUGUGACAAGUGUUGGCCCGAAGACUACUGUGAUAUUGAGACACAAGAACUAUGUCUCCAAUCAACAGACAAUCGUCGAUAAGAUUAAACAAUACAACAAAAGUGGUGCACAACUGGUCCCACAACUGGUCCCAAACGGUGACCACCAAAACAACGCGCAAACUGUGGCGCCGAUGGUCUCCAAGAGGACCAGCGCUUCUUCGGCCUCGAGUUCGGCCAGAAGUGACUCGAGUGCCAGUCUUUGUGGCCACGACUCAGGGCUUAAGACAAAGCCAAUGAUGACACCAAUGAUGGCAACAAUUGGUGGCAAAAGUCGAGUCAACAAUAAUUAUAGUCAAAACACUUGUCUCGUAAUCAAUACAAUCAAUACUAACACUAAUAUUACUAACAAUUUAUGUAAUAAUCUCUCGAAGAAAAGUCAAGAAAUGCUUAACACUUGUGAUAAUAAUCUCAAUAACAAUAAGAUUAACAGAAAUUCAAGCCAUUAUUCAAACGCCAAGAACUGUUCAAUUGGUGCCAAACGCGGUAUUCCUCCGCCAAGAAGUAGAGCCACGUCUACCAUCAUCGACAACAUGGCGUCGCUGCCAACCAUUAUCUCAAACUGUCAGUCCGUUUCCAACACAUCCCUCACCACUAUUGCCAAACCGACGGCUGUAGUGAAGGGCACGUCCAAAGUGUUGCCCCAACAGUCCGACCACAACAACACUGCUGUCUAUCGUAUGACAACUGGCCGUAAGUCCGACGGCACGACUCCCGGCGCCGAACACACCUCUCAAUGCAAUAGCUUCGGCAAAAUGAAAGCCAUCGCUUCCCCAAAGCCUGACUCUAAUCAUUCAUCGAUGUCACCGAUUAUGGCCACAACGGAACUCAAUCAUAUGAUCGCCAAACACCAAACACUUGUCCCAAAACAAUUGGAUCCAAAGACAUCGACAUAUGUGAAGAGAAAUGGUGCGAAACAAAGUGACAGAACGCAUACGUUUAAAGGCGAGCGAUGUCUGCCCCAACAGCAGUCACACCAAAAUGGUUUACAAGACUCGGCCUCGUCUUCGCACGAAGAAGAGUCGGCCAGUAAUAGUGAUGUGGAGUCAGCUCUGGUCAACAUUAAGCCAAUGCAACCACUAGUCAGGACAUCACAGUUUGCUUUUCUCUCAAAUAAUGGCAAACAGAUGUCUAACAGAACCACAAGAUUUCCCAACAAUUACUCAACCAUUGAAGUCGGAUAUAUGAGUGAUUGCACACAAUUGGACUGUCAGUCCCGUAGCCCUCGUUCAAACACAUACAGGAGCUGUCACUCAACCACCGGAGCGGCCAAUGGCUAUCUCAGUGAAUCUGAUACACGUUCUCCGCAACUCAAAUCCAUGGGCCCUAACAGACAAUACAAAGACACCGACAGUAAUGGCAUACGAGGCGGCAAUUUAUUUGAUUUAAUGCAUCCGAAGCCGAGUCCAGUGCCGAGUGAUCACAAGAAUGGACAUGAAGUAAGACGAAUGAGACGGGAACUAGAUCUCGCUUACGACAAGGUCUCCACACUUACAUCACAACUCACUACUAAUGCUCAUAUGGUGGCAGCUUUUGAACAGUCGUUGUCUUCAAUGACGGCACGAUUGCAACAAUUGAACGCUUCGGCAGAACUAAAGGACUGCGAAUUGGAUCGCAUGAGGGCUAUCAUAGAGAACCUGAGGAAACAGGGAUUGAUUUCGGACACACCUCAUGCCAGUCCUUCCAAGCAAUCAAACCCAAAUUCGCGAAUCGCUCGUCAAUUGUCAGUGGAAUCUGUGUCGAGUGUGUCGAGCGGUGCGGACGGCUCUACAUCUCAGUCAAAGCUAAAGAAGAAACCAAAAACAGCCAAAAUAUUGAAUAAUACGGGUUCGGGUUCGUGGCUCAGGAGCUCUUUCUCCAAAGCGUUCAAAAAGAAUAAGUCAUUUGUGAAACGAGACGCUCUCUCAGACAUCGAGGGAAUGGGCAACGGAUCUGAAGGCGAAUCCAAUUCUGUUCCUUCCUCUCCACUCAUGUCUUUACGUCCCUUCCAUUCAGAACUUAACUCUGAUAUCAAUGAUCUCAACGAUUCAGACGACGUUCAGGUCCUGAAGAGACAACUCAGAGAGAAAGAGAUGGUUAUAACAGAUCUGAGACUCGAAGGGUUGACUUCUGCUCAUCAAUUGGAGAAUCUGAAGGAAAAAUUCAAUGGCUUCUUGUUGUGUCCAAAAUUCUCACUCAACCAACGGAUCCACNCUGCUCAUCAAUUGGAGAAUCUGAAGGAAAAAGUGAAUCAUUUGAGGGCAGAAAUGUUGAAUCUUAAACAAGACAACGAACGGCUCAAUCGCUUAAUCACCUCUAAAUCAUUAGCUUCUUCUCAAAGUUCAAUGGCUUCUUGUUGUGUCCAAAAUUCUCACUCAACCAACGGAUCCACGAAAUGCCGGCAAAAGGGAAGUAUAGGUGAAAACAAUGGAAAUAGUUUAGAGAGUCUUGAGAUGGAAGGGAACUCUAAUUCUCUUCUCUCUGAGGGAGGAAAACUAAUAUCAAUCGGUUCCGGCACUCAUGUCAUUGCAUCACUUGUUGUGACGCCCAAAACAAAUUGGGAUCAAUUGGAUCUAAUGAUCAAAAAGUUAUUUAAAGAGCAUAUCAGUCGAAUUGAUUCUGAAUGUGGAUUAGGUUUAACAUUGGAUGCAUUGGCCUGUUAUCAGGUCGGGGCUGAGAAAAUACAGCGAAUUAUUGUGGUUAACAAACCCUCACCAACACUGCCAUCGCUGGCAUCAAACCCAGAACUUCUUCCGUUUGGAUAUCUAGUGAAUGAAAGUCAUAUUUGUCUUCAGUUUAAGACUGCAUCCGAUUCUUUAGUAUUCGACACUUUGACACCGAAACCAAUUAUUCAGAGAUUUGUAGGCCUUUUGAACGAAGACAGGCGUAUCAUUCUUUGCGGUCCCAGCGGUACUGGAAAGACAUAUUUAGCCCACAAAUUGGCUGAAUAUUUGGCGGUUCGGAGAGCGGCCGAGAAUAGGAGUGCCGACACGUCUACUGAAGGCACUCCCGUCGGAUCGAUUGCCACAUUCAGUGUCGAUCACAAAUCGGCCAAAGAGUUGAGAGCUUAUCUGUCAAACGUUGCCGAACAGUGCGAAUCCGAAGCCUUAUCAUUGCAUUUGCCAACAGUUAUCAUAUUAGAUAACUUACAUCACGUCUCAGAUAUAUCUGAAUCCAUUCAUUAUCGGGACUAUGAAUCAGACGACUUGUUCGACAACUAG